CCCGCUCUCUGCGCUCGAACCGCUAGGCUCGCCCGACGCCGCAGCCAUGAGCUUCACCACGACCAAGGGCUCCUCGUACCGCAGGAUGUUUGGUGGCGGCGGAGGCGGCGGCAGCGCCCGCUCCAGCUCCAGCGGCGGCACCCGCUAUGUCACGUCGUCCAGCCGCUACUCGCUGGGCAGCGCCCGGCCCAGCGCCGGCGUGCGCCUCUCGUCCACGCCCGGCGGCUACGCCACCAGGAGCACGUCGGUGCGGCUGCGGAGCAGCCUGCCGCCCGCGCGCAUGCUGCACGACACAGUGGACUUCUCGCUGGCCGACGCCAUCAACACGGAGUUCAAGGCGAACCGCACCAACGAGAAGGUGGAGCUGCAGGAGCUCAACGACCGCUUCGCCAACUACAUCGACAAGGUGCGCUUCCUGGAGCAGCAGAACAAGAUCCUGGUGGCCGAGCUCGAGCAGCUCAAGGGCAAGGGCACGUCCCGCUUGGGCGAUCUCUACGAGGAGGAAAUGCGCGAGCUGCGCCGCCAGGUGGACGAGCUCACCAACGACAAGGCCCGCGUCGAGGUGGAGCGCGACAACCUGGCCGACGACAUCAUGAAGCUCCGCGAGAAGUUGCAAGAUGAGAUGGAGCAGCGAGAAGAAGCUGAAACCACCCUACAGUCUUUCAGACAGGAUGUUGACAAUGCAUCUCUGGCACGUCUUGACCUGGAGCGCAAAGUUGAGUCCUUGCAGGAGGAGAUUGUAUUCUUGAAGAAGCUUCAUGAUGAGGAAAUUCGGGAGCUGCAGGCCCAGAUUCAGGAUCACCACAUUCAGAUUGAUAUGGAUGUUUCUAAACCAGAUCUUACUGCUGCCCUGCGUGAUGUUCGUCAGCAGUAUGAAAGUGUUGCUGCUAAGAAUCUUCAUGAAGCUGAAGAGUGGUACAAGUCCAAAUUUGCAGAUCUCUCUGAAGCUGCUAACAGGAACAAUGAUGCCCUCCGUCAGGCCAAGCAAGAAGCUAAUGAAUAUCGCAGACAAAUCCAGUCCCUCACCUGUGAAGUUGAUGCACUUAAAGGAACUAACGAGUCCCUGGAACGCCAAAUGCGUGAGAUAGAGGAGAACUUUAAUGCUGAAGCUGCUAACUACCAAGACACUAUUGCCCGUCUGCAAGAUGAAAUUCAAAACAUGAAGGAAGAAAUGGCUCGCCACCUACGCGAGUAUCAGGAUCUGCUGAAUGUCAAGAUGGCUCUUGAUAUUGAGAUUGCUACCUACAGAAAACUGCUGGAGGGAGAGGAGAGCAGGAUUAACAUGCCUAUUCCAACUUUUGCUUCCUUGAACCUGAGAGAAACUAACAUUGAGUCUCAACCUAUGGUUGAUACUCACUCAAAGAGGACACUCCUAAUUAAGACUGUUGAAACCAGAGAUGGACAGGUUAUUAAUGAAACCUCCCAGCAUCAUGAUGAUCUGGAGUGAAAACUAUGAAGGAAUCUGCAUGCUAAUUAGUGCAGGAAAAAUUCUUACCAGCAAGAUUUAAAAAAGUCCAAGUCUUAAAGGAAGAAACAGCUUUCAAGUGCCUUUCGCAGUUGUUUUUUUUUUUGUUUUUUUUUUGUUUUUUUUAUAAGAGCGCAAGAUUGUAAUGCUAGAGAAUAGGUUUUAGAUCUUGCAAACUGGCUCUCCCUGAAGGUUUAGCGUUUACAAUGGAGUCUAGUUUACAAAUAGCAAUAUCUUGUGCUGCAAUACUGUUUUUUAAGUAUCCAAAUUUAAUAAAACUGCUUUUUUCCAGCACAGUAUGAGCAACCUGUCGCUGCAUCAAUAAAUAAUUGGAAAAUA